GGUCUCUCUCGGCGCGAGCUCUCGCGAGAAGCGGCUCCAGGGCGACAGGAACGCGAACGCGGAAGUAGCGGCGCUUCAGGCGGUUGAGGGAGGCGCGGAGGCGCGAGGGCCGGGCCGCGGCUGGCCGGGGAGCGGCCUGGAGAGCGGCAGGUGCAGUGAGAAGGUGAAGCGCCCCCCCUCCCCGGCCUCCCCCAUGGUGGGGUUUGGGGCCAACCGGAGGGGUGGCCGGCUCCCUUCGUUCCUUUUCGUGGCCUUGCUGGUAGUCAUUGCCAUUCUUGCCUUCAACUACUGGAGCAUCUCAUCCCGCCAGGCUGUCCUGCAGGAGGAGGUGGUGGAGUUCCAGGGCCAGGCCAAGCGUGGCGAUGUGGCCCGUGGGCGCUUGGAGAAGAGGAACUCGGAGCUCCUGCUUCAGGUGGAAGCUCACAAGAAACAGCUGGAGCAGAAGGAAGCAGAGCACAGCCACUUGAACAGCCAGCUGCAAGCCAAGGAUGGCCAACUGAGGCAGUGUGAGGAGAGCAGGGUCAAGCUUCAGAACAACAUAUCAAACCAGAUGGCAGACAUACAUCGCUUGAAGGAACAACUUGCAGAAUUGCGUCAAGAAUUCAUGCGUCAAGAGGAUCAGCUUCACGAACAGAAGAACAACAACACAGAGCUUGUUAAACGGUUGGAGUAUGAAAGUUUUCAGUGUGGACAGCAGAUCAAGGAAUUGAGAGUGCAGCAUGAAGAAGAUAUGAAGAAGUUAGAAGAACAAGUUCUGCAAGACCAAAAGCAGGUUGCCCACAAGAGCCAAUCCAGCAAAGAUGCUGAGGCCAUUCUGAGCAAUAAUCCAGCAAUACUGAAGACAACCCAAGAAUUGGAUGAAAAGAACAUAAUUAAGAAUGAAGCUCCUUCCAUCAAUAUCUCGGAUGGCAAAGAGAAAAUCAAACCAGGAGAUGAUGCAGGGAUGCCUGGGAUAGAAGAGAACGACCCUGCUAAGGCUGAAGAUACCCUCACUGCUUUGAAGAAGCCACUUGAACAUCAACUCAACGUCAAUCUUCCCACAGAACAGCCCCAUGCUCCAAAUCUGGCUCAAGGUGGAAAUGCUGAUGUGAUAAAGCAGUUGCCAUCAAACCCUCUCCAGCACUUGAUUCCGGAUCACAUCAUGGAUAGCCAGAAAGCUGGAAAAGAACUUGUAAAGCAGGCUGCAAAGGACAAAGUCAGUGACUUCCAGAGGAUGAAGCAAAGCCGGUUCUUUGAUGAGAAUGAGUCCCCUGUUGAUCCGCAGCAUGGCUCUAAACUGGCGGAUUAUAAUGGGGAUGAUGGGAACGUGGGUGAGUAUGAGGCAGACAAGCAGGCUGAGCUGGCUUACAAUGAGGAAGAGGAUGGUGAUGGUGGAGAAGAAGACGUCCAAGAUGAUGAGGAGAGAGAACUUCAGAUGGAUCUGGCAGACUAUGGAAAGCCACGCUUCAAUGAUGUACUUUAAAAAGCUGGAUUCCUUUCAUCAGAUGAAUCCUGCAAUUGGGGGGAAACAAACCCUGAGCCAAUUUUGGUUUUUCAGUAUUUACUGUACAAGACCCUGAGAAGAGUGACAGCAAGCUAGACAAGCAGCUAUUUAACAGCAAGCAAUGGAAGGAAAAGGUAACAUGCUGUACAUAUGUGUAUAGUUGUACUUUUUUUUGCAAAUGGUUUUAUUUGAUCCAGAGAUUAUGGUUCUACAGCAAGACCAUUGGUAGGCCAGUCCCCUUCAGGGUAGGGGGCAUCUGACUCUUCAUAGGUUUGGGCUCUUUCAAGACUGUACUUUACCUGCAGCCCUUGAAUUAACUGAGAUUGCACAGUAAUUUACGCUGACAUGUUCCUGAAAGUAAGCAACUUUGUAAACUGGAGACACUGUACAGUUUAUAUCUUACAUACAUGAAUUACUCCAUUGCAGAAAUGUGUACAGCUCCAUCACCUUUUGAUACAGCAGUGUGUUCAAUCCAUGUGAGCAAAUGCUUUCUUUUCUUUUGCUGUUGUGACUUGUAAUUUGCAGGUAACAUUUCAUUUGAACAAGUUGACUGAAAAUGUGUUAAAUGUGUUGUAUGAAAGCGCCUUCCUUAAUAUAACGAAGGAAGGUCUAUGUGACAGUGAACAUAGUACAUUAAUCCUAUGUGAGACAGUAUAGCUAACCUUAGGAGAGUGUCUAAAGUUGUCCUUAGUGGGGAUUUGGCAGCAGACUAGUCACUCUAUAGGAUUAUCUCCAGUGUUUUUAAAUCAGCUAAAUCUACAACCAGUAUUUCCAGCACAUGAGAGCUAUACAUACUUUGUUUUUGCAACAAUGGUUUUGAUCAUAUGCAAUAAUAGAUAAAUCUGUCAGAGUGGCUAAAAGUACAAUCUUGACAGUUCCAAAAUUCAUUCUUGUCUGAACCCCUGAUGUGUGUGAGUAUCGGGUGAUGCUCAUUUUCAUUUCGGUGUCAGUGCUGUAGUGUGGAUUGCUCAAAAUAUUUGUGUUCUCUGUUCUUGUGGCUUUGUGUUUGUCUUUUCUUUUUUUGAUGUUGGAUUUCCCCCCUGGUGUUAAGCACUUUCUGAAAAUCACAGAAAUGGUUAUGCCCAUCAGUACUAUGCUAAGCAGCAUUGUCAAGUUAUUAACCCUAACGAGUUAUCAAAAAGGGCUACUGUGAAUAGAAUUUAUAGGUCCUGUGACAGGGUUGAUUGUACUUCACUAUUUCUGUACUCAGGUUACAGUUCAUGUUGGUAAGUUAACGUUUAUUUGUAGUAAUUUUAAUGGACCGUUUGCAUUGAACAAAAAGGUGAGAUCUGUUUGUAUAGUUAAGACUUCCCUUAGAAAGAAAAAUGUGUGUGGUUUCUGGCAACAGAGGUGAACACUUGUGCCAGGGUACCUUCUCAGGCAGCCACAUCACAGAUCUUGGACUCCUUAGAAGGGGGGGACUCUUCUUCCACUCCUCCUCUUGCCAAGUUGUAGAACUUUCUGGGUUUUACUCACAGAUCCAAGGCGGAACCUGUUCGGGGGUGUGUGUGUGUGUUUCCCGACACCUCCAUCUCUCCAUUGGUCUUCAGUAAUGUACUUUGUGAGUUGACCAAAAUGUUUUGCCCCAAACUAGGUGUAAUUUUAUGAAGAUUCUGCUAUUGGAAUUCAAAAUUUAAUAGGUUCUAAUAAAAUGUAAUACAGUU